UUCUCCCCCUCCCUUUGCACACUCUCACCACUGUGUACUCGACCCAGAGAGGAGCGCCGGAGACGCCCAUCCUUUAGGUAGCUGGGGCGUUGUUUACCCCUUGGGGACGGUUGAUGAUGAGGGACUAGUGGAGGAAGAGGACCAGGGGCUUAGAGCACCAGGAGGACCAGUUCUGACCGAGUCAAGUGAAGAUGGUGCCUGACCACGUUGUCUGCCAAGAGGGUAAAAGGCACAGGCAAAAAGCACUGCUACUUCAACACGGACGUUGUGCCCAACUGUCUUGAUGGUCAUCAGAUAAGGAUUGAGAAGACGGACAACUCAGGAGUAAAGAUUUCUGGACUUGGAUUUUUGGAUAUCCUCAAGUGUGGACGGUGGAUUUUCCAGUGUCAUUGCACUUUGACUUUUCUUGUUUUUUUUGUGGAGUGAAAAGGUCAUAGGUGUGGAUUUACAUCACCCAAAGACUUUCCCUCCAUUUUGAAAUGGAGAACUUUCCCCAGUAGGGGGGUAUUUAGAAAUUCUGCCAUUUGAGGUCAAACCUUCUUAAACUGUCCCCGGACUGAAGAUACCGAAAGGACCUUUCUGACUUAACGGUCUCUAAACUGCUCUCUAAACUCGCUCUGCAGGACAAAAGUCUAACCUAUAGACCAACUGAAUCCCACCUUAUACCUAAGAACCGGUGUUGUCAUCCUUGUGCCACUCUCAAUUCAAUUCACCUGAACAUCAGGGUCUUUUCCGCAGCUGGUUGUCGGACACAGAUUCCUACCUGGAGUUCCUGAGGCAGGUGGUCAUGGGGAACGCAGCGGGGGGCCUGGAGCAGAUGGAGGGCCGGGAGGGCCGGAGCUCCACCAGCGGGGGGAUCACUCCGACACCCACCCUGAGGAAGAAAACUGCUGCUCCCCCAAAGCUACCCAUGCCCGCUGAGGAGGAGCUGGAGGAGCGGUUCAACGUGGUGCUGAGCACGAUGAACUUGCCACCUGACAAGAUGAAGCUCCUGAGCCAGUACGACAAUGAGAAGAAGUGGGAGCUGGUCUGCGAUCAGGAGCGCUUCCAGGUGAAGAACCCACCCUCAGCGUACCUGAACAAGAUCCGAGCCUUUUAUCAGGAGCAGGGCGGAGUAGCCCGCAGAUUUAAGAAGCGGGUCCAGGAGUCCACACAGGUGCUGCGAGAGCUUGAGAUCUCACUGCGUACCAACCACAUCGGGUGGGCUCAGGAGUUUCUGAACGAGGAGAACCAUGGCCUUGACGUGCUGGUGGACUACUUAUCGUUUGCCCAGUGUGAUAUGCCGUCUGAGGGGGAGGCUAUGGAGAACGGGGGUACUGCCUCUGUGUCUUCUGUUGAGGACCUGGCCAAGCCGUCAUCAGGCCCCGUCAGCUCUCCAACCCACGGCAUGACCCGCGCAGCACGCGCCCUCACCAUACGCGUCAGCGCACAACUGAGUUCGCUGGCCCAUCACAGGAAGACAGGGAAGAGUACUCGCCUGGCCGCACAGAGAGAGGACGUCCACGUUUGCAUCAUGUGCCUCCGCGCAAUCAUGAACUAUCAGUCUGGUUUCAACCUGGUGAUGACACACCCUCGCUGUGUUAACGAGAUCACACUCAGUCUCAACAGCAAAAACCCCAGGACCAAAGCACUGGUGUUGGAGCUUCUGGCUGCCGUGUGCCUGGUGAGAGGCGGCCAUGACAUCAUCAUCUCCGCAUUCGACAACUUCAAGGAGGUGUGUAGCGAGAAAAAUCGAUUCGAGAAGCUGAUGGAAUACUUCAGAAAUGACGACAGCAACAUCGAUUUCAUGGUGGCGUGCAUGCAGUUCAUCAACAUCGUGGUUCACUCGGUGGAGAACAUGAACUUCAGGGUGCAUAUGCAGUACGAGUUCACCCAGCACGGCCUGGACACAUACCUGGAGGAGUUGAAGCAGACGGAGAGUGAGAAGCUCCAGGUGCAGAUCCAGGCCUACCUGGACAACGUGUUUGACGUGGGAGCCAUGCUGGAGGACGCCGAGAACAGAGGAGGCAUACUAGACCACGUGGAGGAGCUGCAGAACCACAACCAGCAGUUGAAUGACAGGCUGCAGGAGUAUGAGAGAGAUGCUGGUGAGAAGAUCAUUGACCUGGAGAAACAACUCAUGCAGGCCACCAAGGAGGCAGCAAUACUGAAGGAGAGUUUGAAGGACUCCUGUGCCCAGGUGAGCGCUCUUCAGCAGAGAGAGCGAGAGCUUGAGCUGGAGAGAGAGCGGGAACGCGAGAGAGAGCACAUGUCUCACCACGCCGCAUCAGCAGCGCCUGAGAAACCCCCACAGGCAGCAGUAGAGGGAGAUCAGUUGGACGGUGCUGCAGUAUCCACCUCCACCACCCAGGACACCAAGCUGCUGGAGCGGCUGAGGGCUCUGGAGGAGCAGGGCCUGCUGCGGCUGCAGAGGCGGCCCUCGGGCACCCUGGACGUCCAGGUGGUGGUGCAGGCAGCGGCCCCGGUCUCAGCCUCAACAGCGGAGGCCCCAGCGGUUGUGGAUGGAUCUGAACCUUGUGCAGCAGCACCUCCUCCUCCUCCACCUCCACCACCUCCUCCUCCCGGUUCAGCUGCCCCACCUCCCCCUCCUCCUCCUCCUCCCCCAGGAGGUGCUGGUCCUCCUCCACCCCCACCUCCCCCUGGUGGGGGCCCACCGCCUCCCCCUCCCCCUCCUGGAGCUCCCGGACCUCCUCCUCCUCCAGGCGGCCCACCUGCACCAGCCGGUAAGAGCCGUAAGCCCAUCCAGACUAAGUUCCGCAUGCCGCUGCUGAACUGGCAGGCCCUGAAGCCUAACCAGGUGACGGGCACUGUGUUCGGGGAGCUGGAUGACGAACAGGUCCUGGAGGAGCUCAACAUGGACCUGUUUGAGGAGCAUUUCAAGACCAAAGCUCAGGGUCCUCCUCCCAACCUAUCGCAGCUGAAGGUGAAGGUGUCUAAGCAGGUGUCCAGUAAGGUGUCCCUGAUAGAGGCCAACAGGGCCAAGAACCUGGCCAUCACCCUGCGCAAGGGGGGCAUGAACCCAGGAGACAUCUGCACUGCCAUAGAGACGUACGACCAGCAGGCCCUGGGUCUGGACUUCCUGGAGCUGCUGGAGCGCUUCGUGCCGUCGGACUUCGAGCUGAAGAUGAUGCAGAACUACGAGAAAGAGGGCCGGCCGCUGGAGGAGCUCUCGGACGAGGACCAGUUCAUGAUGCGCUUCGGCAAGAUCCCCCGCCUCUCCCAGCGCAUCACCACGCUCACCUUCAUGGGCAACUUCCCCGACAGCCUCAAGCGCCUGCAGCCCCAACUGGAUUCCAUUAUUGCCGCCUCCACAACCAUCAAGUCCUCCACCAGACUGAAGAAGAUGUUGGAAAUCAUUUUGGCCUUUGGUAACUACAUGAACAGCAGCAAGAGGGGAGCUGCUGGAGGCUUCCGUCUGCAGAGUCUCGACCUGCUGCUGGACACCAAGUCCACGGAUCGCUCCCAGACCCUGCUGCACUUCAUCGCCAACAUGGUGCAGGAGAAAUACCCGGAGCUCGCCACCUUCCACACCGACCUCAAGUUCGUGGACAAGGCUGCCUUGGUGUCUCUGGACAGCGUGCUGCAGGACGUGCGCGGUCUGGACCGGGGUAUGGAGAUCACCCAGAAGGAGUUCCUGGUGCAGGAUGACAACCCCGUCCUCAAGCAGUUUGUCAACGUCAACAGUGAGAAGCUCGAUGCCCUCAACAAGGACGGCAAGGCAGCUCAGGAGGCGUUUGUGUCGGUGGUGGAGUACUUUGGGGAGAAUCCCAAGACCACGCAGCCCUCGCAGUUCUUCUCCCUCUUCUGGCGCUUCUGCAAGGCCUAUCAGGUGGCCCAUAAUGAUAAUGAGCAGAGGAGGAAGCUGGAGGCCCAGGCCAAGGAGGAGCCCAAGGAGGCUCAGACCUCCCCAACCAAGAAGGACCAGGCUGGACCAAAGCGUCCCAUGAUGCCUCAGUUAGACCUGAUAGCGGAGCUGAAGAAGCGGCAGGUGAAGCCAACGGUCACGGACGGGGCCAUCGAUGACAUCAUCACAGACUUGAGGAAAUCGCCAUACAGAAGGACAGAUGGACGCAGACCAGCACAGCAACAGGAUUCUUAGAGUGAGGUCCUUGUGGCUCCUAUUGUAAUAUUCUACAAUAUCAACCUCCCCAAGGAUGAAAUACUGUAGCUAAGUGUUAAACUCAGGUCUUACUGUGCCUCACUGUCUCCUCUGAUAGAGACAUACUCUUUGUAACAUACCACUAUCCAGAAUUCCUUCAUUCAACCACUUCUGUUCAAAAAUAUCAUUCAAAAUACUCAAACGGCUUUAGACACAUUUUUGGGUUUCUCUCUGAAAGUUGAAAUGAGGACAGAAAGGGCUAAUCCAUGUCAGGUUAUUAUUUUCUGAGAAUAUCUGUCAGUGGAAGGGAAUGACAAAGUGUUUUUUUUCCCCAUUCACUGCCAUUGGCAUCUGUGGUAAUGGGAAAUAAAAUGAAUAGUAGAAACAGUCCUUCAGUCAGAAAUUGUUGUAAACAGUUUAAAAGCAGAUAACAAUAACCUGCAUCUUUUUAACCAUGUAAAUAAUGAUUUUGAAAAUGUCAAUUUAGAAUAAAAACGCAGAAAGUUGUUGUCAAUCAACACAAGCGUCUGUGCCUGAUGUCUGUGCCUGCCUACCUGCUGAAAGGCUUCUUUGAUGGAGGAAUCAAAAGAAAAACACAAAGCACCAGUAAAUACAAGAGAUCUUCACUUUACUGACCCACACAACCACAGCAUAAUAUGUACAAAACAGGAGAGCAAAAAAGUCACAUUUCUCAACAUACAGUAGCAUCCACACAGAUUAAAUUAGCUUUUUCGAUAUCUGUUUGUCAUGUAUAUGUCAUAGAAUCAUAUAGUAAUUUCUAUAGAGAUCUGUUUGUAUGUAUUUCUUUUUUUAAUUCUUCUUCUUCCUUGGAUCAUAGCGUUUAUAUAUCACUCUACUCUACUACGGGAAAUCAGUGGGAACAUUGGUGUGUGUGUGUGUGUGUGUGUGUGUGUGUGUGUGUGUGUGUGUGUGUGUGUGUGUGUGUGUGUGUGUGUGUGUGUGUGUGUGUGUGUGUGUGUGUGUGUGUGUGUGUGUGUGUGUGUGUGUGUGUGUGUGUGUGUGUAUUUGGGUUUGGGUCGUAGCGAACUUGUGCACAGGGUUACUCAAUCCCUCCAGUUCCUCUAUUGUCCGACCCCUGUCCGUCACCACGUCAAAGAACACAAAAUGACUGUACACAUGCCUGUGCCACAUCACUUAUCACACAUCUCGUGUCGUUUUUUUAUUAUGUAGAAAACAAAAACAGAAUAUCUUUUCUGAUAGGCCUAUAUAUAUAUAUAUUUCUCAACAGGUGUAAACCUUUUAACACUUGAGCACACUCUUCUCAAUUUGUCAGUCUUUUUAAAAGGAACAUGUAGACAACUUCAGCGGCACCGUGCGAUUGCUUGAGAAUAUACAUGCAUCAUUAUCAUUGUUUUUUAUUCAUAUUUUUUUCAUAUAUAUUUUUAUAUAUAUAGAUAUCUUAGAAUCCGUCGCUUUUUAAAUAAAUUCUUAAAUUCUGGACAUAACAUUUUUGUAGAACUCUCUAAGAAGGACUAUAUAUACAUAUUACUAUCAAUGGUUGUUGUCUUUUCCCUUUUUUUGUUUGUUUGAUGCCAUAAUUUUGGUACAUCCACACAUUCAUGUAAACCCCCUUUUAGAACAACCCACACAUGUUUGUUGACGGGAACAAAACAAACCCUACGUCACCUCUGCAAUGAAUACUACACUUGUGACUGUGCUUUUUCAGUGUGCUGCUACACGUAUACCCACAACCCUAGGCUAGGCAUAAGCAAUGGAGAGUCAAAGGACCCCUGCUGUGUGCUUCACUCAGACUGUGCUCAGCCAUACCGUACAGUACAUGGCCCUGUUUCACAUCCCUACAGACAGGAGAGGUGCGGAUAUUUUAAAACAAAACCUUCUGCUUCAACUUCGAGCCACCUAUACAAAAAACAGCUUUGCUUUCGAGAUAGGAUGUACUGUAAGAAGUUGAACAUGUUACCCUGCUUUUUUUUCUCUGAAAUUCAGGCCCUGGUUCUGCAUUAUGCCACAAGACAGGACCAGGUUGCUGAAGUACUAAACUUGUCCACUAGGGGCUCCAGUGAGUCUCUGGCACUCCAGCCAGAGAACACAGCAGCAGCUCUUUACAAACUUCCUACUGUUUUGGAGUCAAAGUCUUCCAAAAGUCAUAACAGUAUGACUCUCACCUCCAAAAUCUAAUUGAUACAACAGCAGGGUAUGUCAUUAUCAUAAUCGGCUACAUUUUUUCUUUUACUUCCUCACAUGGUCACUCUCUCGAUCUCUAGUGCUUCACAAAUGUGCAUUUUCAUUUUUUUUUAAUGAUGGAUGCUCUUGUGCUAAACCACAUUCUAAGCUUUCACCCAACCACCAAACCCCAACCCCACCCCCCAACCCUACGAAAAAGAAAAAAACAAAACAUCUGAUCCACGCAACAUUUCAAAGUCACUUAAAAAAAAGAUACAGAAUAAAAAAAGUCCAACUGUAUAUUACAUAUAUGAACUUUCACUGUACAUAUGUACCUCAAAUAUUUCAACUCAAUAUAUAAAAUGUUUUUCUCUCAUGAAUAAAUAAUCUAUCUGUGUGAUAUAUCUUUUUCAAGAAUUAUAAAACAAGGUCGAUCUGUACAAAGAAAUGUUGAGCAAGUAACGUGAAAUAAAAAUAUGAUGAAAAAGGAUGAUAUCUGGCAGAGUGUAUACAUGUAGUUUGUGUCUUGACUUCAGGUUGCCUACGGUUACACAACAACACCAAAACUGUAUUUAUAUUUGUCUGUGACUUUACACUGUGAGCUUUUCCAUUACACAAAACAAAAAGAAAGAGUAUGACAUAUCUGAUUGUUCCUCCCAUUGUAGGUAGUUUUUUUUUCUUAAUAAAAAUAAAUGAGUGCAUGUGUUAUGGACUUUGCAAAUUACCAAAAGUUAUAAAUCAAUAUGAAUAAUCAUAUUAUUAUUUUCUAGAGCCACCCUUGACUUUCAUUGCCUACCAGUGCUGACUAAUUGGGAACAUUGAAAAAGAAACCCACCCCCACAGACUCACAUACACAGACUAAUAUACAUACAUUACCCACGUAUCAUGUAAUCCCUUCUGAAGCUCUGCACACCCAAGCACCUUUAUCUUUACCUUUACCAUCCCUUUACCUGUCCUAAAAUAUAUGUUUUUUUAUUCUGUUUUUAUUUUAUUAAAUGUGUCCUACCCCAACCCAGGUUUGACUUGAGGUAUUGUACACCAAAUAAUGCUAACGCUAACCAGUGAAGAGUGGAGCGACGAGUGACCUCCUCUUUGUUCGGCUUGUCCACUGAAGCGUGCGUCCUGGAUGAUGAGGAAGGGAGCGAGAGGGAGAGAAGGGAGGCAAAAAUGGAACUCGGGGCAUAGUGGUAACUUUAAGAGCUGAAUGCGUCCACCAACGCAUGACUAAGACAAUUUCUCUCAUCUGGAUACACAGCUGAGGACCUGCAGCAAAGACUAGCAGCGACCGUACUUCCUACAGCUAACUGUAUGUGCGUGCGUGGCUAGAGUUUGCUUUCCUCAGUGCUAUAGUAUGUAAUAGAAUGGCAACGUUUUCUAUUCAAGACUUCUGUUUUUGCCUUUUCUGAAUUCCCGUCAUUUAGAGGCUGAGGGAAAGUACUACUUUGUGUGCGUCACUAUUGAAUGAAUAGCUUUUCAGUGCAGCUAGCCAGCUAUUAUUAUCUGUGUACUUCACAGCAUCUGACAGAUGCUUCAAAACACAGGCACAGACACAGACACAGACACAUACACAGACACACACACACACACACACACACACACACACACACACACACACACACACACACACACACACACACACACACACACACACACACACACACACACACACACACACACACACACACACACACACACACACACACACACACACACACAGCGCGAUAAGUCUGGAACAGAAAUGAGAAACACCACUCCCUGGGUUCAUCUCAUGGCACUUGCUGCCUUUCGCGGGGCCUGCAAACACCUCCGUCCAAUCUUUCCUUAACCCCAAUCUGAGGGAGCCAAACAGAGCGCAGCGGGUGGCCAAGAACAGACAAAUCAUCUUCCAAACAGGAGAGGCAGAAGCUUCCAGAAGGAAGGCAACAAGACAAGGGGGAGCCGUGCAGAGAGAGAGAGAGAGAGAGAGGGAGGGAGAGAGAGAGACUGUUGACUGCUUUUAGAGCCAAUGAAAACAAAUUGGCUACGAGGAUCCAAUUUUUUGUUAUUAUUCUGCCUCGGCUUUUUUGUUCUGCUGGAGUUUUUUAGGACCAAUGGAAACAAAUUGGCCCUGAGCCACAGCCUUCCAUUCACUACACCCCAUCCAUCCUCCACCAAUCAUCCAUCCACAUAGAGUACCCACUCCCCUUCCUACCACCACUCAUCCCCCUUUUUAAAGUGUCCUCAUUCCCCUUGGUGUGCUUUGCUUUCCGUGCCGCCGACUCCCUCCCUUCAUGGUUUUAUCCGCGCUCUGGUGGUUAGCAGUUAAAUAAACUUGUUCCAAAAGUGGCCAGGCAGCUCUGUCCCUGUCCUGUCCUUGUUUCGCCACCCUCC